AUAAAUAGGAAGCCACAGCUGUGCCGACUGGUGCUGCAGAUUUUAGAUUAAUGACACUGAAAGUACAAAAGUCGACACGUGACCAGUCCGUUCUUGUACUUUUGAUCAAGUAAAUAAUCGCGGUGUAGUUUUACUGCAGAGAACGAGAACAGAGAAAACCGGUCAGGGGAGGAAAACGGGUUCGGCUUCGACUGGAGUAGCUGAGCUGUGGUGUGACGUAGCCGUCCAACACACACACACAUACAUACACAAACACGCGCGCGCGCCCCAUAUCGACUGCUGCUGAGCUCAAUGAGAAAUGACCGCGAGUGACCUCAAAGGACACGCUGUAUUUUAACGAGUGCGCCAGUUCAGUCACUCCGCGUUCGUUAAAAAUGCACGGCGACAUUUUGUUUGGUUUCUCAAGGUGAAAACGGUGCUCGCUGGUCGCACGCGGCUGCCUCAUUUAUUACCUAGCUAAGCUAAGCUAGCCCGGGCAGUCGAGUUUCUCCGCUCUGUUUUCCCGCAGAUGCUAAAGCUAGGCUAGGCUAGUCGCUCGCCGCCGUCAUGGAGAAAGCAAAGCCACUGGCGGACAAGAAGGGGACGCCGGGACCUUUUCACGCGAACAACGGCCAGAGGGGGUUUCACAGCGGCCACGUCACCGUAGCCGCUAACUGCUGCAGCAACAACGCAUUCGGCUUGAGCACCGGGGGAUCCGGCAGCGGCGGCACUUUUGACAGCGGCAUGCAUCAUCUGCAGCGCGGGGAUGACAAGGAGUGCAACGGGUCCCCGGCAAAGAGGUGCCGGCUGCGGAGGAGCAGGACGGAGUCGGUGAAACGAAACAGACCUCCCUUCCCCUGGUUUGGUAUGGACAUUGGUGGGACUUUGGUCAAGUUGGUGUACUUUGAGCCAGUUGAUAUCACUGCUGAAGAAGAACAAGAAGAAGUUGAAAACCUCAAGUCUAUCCGCCGCUACCUCACCUCAAACGUGGCCUACGGUAAAACAGGUGUUCGUGAUGUCCACCUGGAGCUGAGGAACCUGACCAUGUGUGGCAGGACGGGAAACCUGCACUUUAUCCGCUUCCCUACGCAGGCCAUGCCUCGUUUCAUUCAGAUGGGAAGAGACAAGAACUUCUCCAGCCUGCACACAAUGCUCUGCGCCACGGGAGGCGGAGCAUAUAAGUUUGAGAAUGACUUUAGAACGAUGGCCGACCUGGACCUGCUGAAACUGGACGAGCUGGAUAGCCUCAUCCACGGCCUGCUGUUUCUCGACCGGGUGGGAUUCAACGGACACCCUGAGUGCUACUAUUUUCAAAACCCAUCAGAUACCCACAGCUGUGUGAAGAAACCCUGCAAUCUGGAAAACCCCUUUCCAAUGCUGCUGGUCAACAUCGGUUCUGGGGUUUCCAUACUAGCCGUGUACUCGGAGAACAACUACAAACGGGUAACUGGGACAAGUUUGGGAGGUGGGACGUUUCUGGGCCUGUGCUGUCUUCUGACGGGCUGUGAGACGUUCGAGGAGGCAUUGGAAAUGGCCAGCAAGGGCGACUCUACAAACGUGGACAAACUGGUGAAAGACAUCUACGGGGGAGACUACGAGCGCUUCGGCCUGCAGGGUUCUGCUGUCGCAUCUAGUUUUGGUCACAUGAUGUGCAAAGACAAGCGAGACAGCAUCAGUAAGGAAGACCUGGCGAGGGCCACGCUGGUCACCAUCACUAAUAACAUAGGAUCCAUAGCACGCAUGUGUGCCGUUAACGAGAAAAUUGAGAGCGUGGUGUUCGUCGGGAACUUCCUUCGGAUCAACACACUGUCCACAAAACUGCUAGCCUAUGCCAUGGACUUCUGGUCCAGAGGACAACUGAAAGCCCUCUUCCUGGAACACGAGGGUUAUUUCGGAGCUGUGGGGGCGCUGAUGGAGCUGCUCAAGACAACGGAGGACCUGUGAAGAAGAGUUUGUCGUGACAUCAGUGAUUCCCAACAGAUGGAUUGCAGCUUCCAACCCCAACGCUGCGAUGUUGUCAUUUUGAAAUGCUGUGAUGUCAUCAACGUUUAACUUUGUUGAAAGUUUACCUCUAAAGGAACACUAAGUGAGGGACACAGAAAUUGAGAAAAGCCAUUUUAAUAUAUAUUAACAGUUGUAAAUAUUGAUAACCUCUAACGGUCAUCUCCUAAAGUUUCCAGAGUCCUUCUAUCAUAGAGUUUUAAUAUUGUGAUAAUUAAUUUAUGGUUUUUUUUGUUUGUUUGUUUGUUUGUUUGGAACUGUAGAGUGACAAAAUACUUUAUUAUCUUUGGUUUUCUUUGGGUGUGAGAAGGCAGGGGGUUACUAUGUGUGAAUAGCUACUGUAGCGUUACAUCCUGGAGACAGUAGUGUGUCUGGUGUCUGUGCAGCUGCUAUUCAGAAAAGAAAGUAUGAACAACACAUACAAAAGUCACUCUUGACUGAGUGAUUUUUUUUAUUUUUAUUUUUUUACCAGCUGUGACUUGAGGAAAUAGAAUUUCUGCAACCACAGAAACUAUAUUUUGAGGAUUGGAAGACUUGCGUGUCUAUUUGCUGCACAAAGGUCACACUAUUGUCUUCUUAGGUGUACACUGAAGCCAAAUCCAGUUGCGAUUUACCUGCCUCCUUCUGCGCAGAUGAAAAGCCGAAAAACCGAUUUUAUUUCUGAUUUUCGCUCCGCUGCACACGGCCUUUGCUUCUUGUUUGUGUCUCUUUUAUUUGCCUACUUGUAAGCAGUGCUAACACUACCGUAUUGCCAUGCACAGAUACCAAACAUGCUGAGUUUAGUCUGAAACAGCUGGACCAAAACAUCAUUUUCCAACAGAUCAGUGCAUUGCUGAUUUCUGUUCAGGACCCAGUGUAGCUCAGCAGCUUGGUGUUUGUUAGGAGUGAUCUUCUACUUUCCUGUCUGGAUUCUUCCUCACAUCCUGCCUUCACUUCCUCGCUUCCUCCUUGUUUGGAUGUCAGUGUCAUUAGAUGUUCCUGCUGAUUAUAUUUGCUUUUUGCAAGCGCAGCAUCUUACAAAAGGAAACAGAGGGGGGACCAAGAUGCUCAUUGGCUAAAAUCACACAUAAUCUAGAUUAUAGCUUGUCAGUUUUAAAUUAUCAUCCUCUCCUCUUUGUGUUAAAUACAUUCAAGGAGUUGUCAGAUUUCCCUCCAGAUGCUUCAAUUUAACAAACUAUGAAACUUGAAAGUUUUCAGCUUUAUUUAAGGUCUAAAAAUAACCACAUACUGGAAACUAAACUGGCACAAACUAGGCUUUUAAAGUGUUAAAAUGGGAAAUUAUCUCAUAAGCUAUAUUUACAUCAUCCUGAGCUAACACCCACACUUAUUUUUCUAAAGGAUCCGCAUGUCCUUUUUUUGCAGAUUGUAAUAGUUUAACAAAUCUAAGCUUAAUCCUGUAGAUAAGGUUUGUAAUUUAUGAUGCUUAGCAGUAACAGCUUUGCUGCAUGCACCCUGCCCUUUCUACGCCUGGACUUCUACAGCCGCCUUCUCUUCGUUUGAUCAAAGUAUGACAGUGCAGUUUCUGCUGUUAUAAAUGAAACACUACAGUUCAAAUGUUCCUCUUCUCAUGUUCCAUAGAUUUACUUUAACCUCCUACAGUUCUGAUCCGAUUCAUUAUGAGGUUCUCUGCUGAAGACAGAGCAAAGCAAGUGUUCUGAAGGUCUUAUUGACAAAUGAGCAACUGCUGUUAUCAAGAGACUUGGACUACACUUUGACCCUCUAUGUUUGCUGCUAUGUUUUUGUUUUAUGAAGCGGUUCUUUAAUCUGGUUUCAUCCACAGCAAAUCAGAAUACAAUAACAAACAAUAUGUGAAAGUAAUUAUAGCCUUUGCAAAGAAAUACUACCAGUAUUUAUUUUAUAAUUUUUUUAAAAGAAAUGUUUUCACAAUCGUCUCUUCGAACCUUCAUUGUUUUCGAUUUUGCUGCGAUGACGCGGCAAACUGCGACACAACUGUGUUCUCUGCUUUAUUUUUUGUUUGCCUUGUUCUAACUCACGUUUGGAUGAAAACCGUGACCCGGGUCCAUCAGGUGCCACCGAGCUGUGAAAUCAAGCUGGUGUGGGUCAUCUUUGUGCCACCCCCCCGUCCUUCAGCCUGAAAGACACUAUUAGUUGCCUUUCCUGUGUGUGAGCCUGGUUUCGCUGCGUCAUUGUUUGUGCCCUUCAGUUUCACAUAAAAAAUGGCAGUUUCCUGCUGAAACUCGCGUUUUUGUUAUGUUGUGCAUUCAGAUCAUUGUUUUAAUGUCUUCUGUGAUUGUACUGUAAUACAAGGUGAACAGUCACAUAACUUCCACUGGUACUGCAGCGGUGUUGAUUGUCAAUGUGAAAUCUUUUUAGAGCUGUAGCAUUCUUUAGAUUUUAAGAAUUUCAGAGUAAAACUUCCAAUUUUA